AUGCCGCGCGGAGCUUCGAACGCGAAGAAGUACGGCCAACCGAUCUACGCCUGCGCCUGGCUGGACGAUCGAACCGCUCUGCUCGCCGGGGGCGGUGGGAAGAAGUCGAGCGGGAUCCCGAAUAGAAUUUUGAUCGCAUCGCUCGAGAGCUCUGACACGUCAACGACGACGCUGGCGGAGGCGGAGGCGUGGACGCACACCGAUGAGGACGCACCGCAGCGAUUGGCGGUGCGACCCGGGGGGGAAGAGGUGGUGUGCGCGUUCGGGGGGACGCUCGGCGUAUUCCGGGCGCGGAGGUCGGCGAGCGGGGCGGAGACGGCGAGCGGAGACGCGAUCGGUGAGGAGAAGGGGAAAGAUCGGUCUUCGUCGACGUGGACGAUCGCGCCGGCGAACGACCUCGGUUUACCGUCGCGAGUGAGCGUGACACCGGACGAGCGCGAGAUUAAGUGCGCGGCGUUCAACGCGGAAGGGACGCGUUUAGCCAUUGGAUUGGAGAGCGGCGAGGUGAAGAUUUUGUUGUGGCCCUCGCUCGAGGUCGAGAAGGAGCUCGGUGCGCACGAAAAAGGAGCGGUAACCGACAUCGCGUGGGCGCCCGACGGUGAUGACUUACUGACGACGUCGGCGGAGAACGCGACGACGAGUAACAUUGGACGCGGCGCCGUGGUAUGGAGCGUCGAGCGAGGAGAGCGCGUGCGAACGCUCUUCGAUGAGUCCAUCGCGAAUAGCCGGGCGAGGAACGUCGUUUUCCGCGGUGCGGCUUACGGACCGGGAACGAGCGCUUCGACGAGCGUGGCUUGGACCGGGGUCAAUCUCGACGGGGAAGGAUGGGUCGUAAAGUGGGAUGCAAAGACGUGGAAAGUCAUUAGCAAGGCGCGCGUCUUCAAGAGCGAACCCAUCUCUGGAUUCUCAGUAAAUGCCCAAGGCACGCUCGUAGCGGUGGGAAGCUCCGAGGGCGAGGUCAAGGUUAUCGACGCCCAAAAGUUUACGCUCAUCAAGCCCGUGAAGCGGGCGCACAUGAUUUUCGUCACCGCCAUGGCGUGGAACCCAAAAGGAAACGUCGUCUUAUCCGGAUCGGCCGACGCGAGCGCGCUCGCGACAAAAAUCAAAAAACAAUCGUGGACUCUGCGAUUGCUGCUCUGGUUCACCGUCCUGGUCGUGCUCAUCUUAUGCUGGGUCACCGUUCUGAGCGCCAUAUUUCCCGACCCGAUCGCUCGCGUGUUGGAGAGUCGUCCCGACUCUUGGAACGCCGUCGCGGAUUUCUUCUCCGAAGGAAUCAAACCGACGAGCGCCGCUGAAUCCAUCGCCCCGGACCCAUCAUCGCUCUCGGGCCUUCGCGACGAGUUGUAA